AUGCCAUUCUAUGUCCCUCUCUGUUUCUGGGAAAGAAAGGGAAAAGAAGCCUGUUGGAUUGAACAGCUACUAAAUCCCGUAGAGAGAGUCUCCUCACAACCUGAGAAUCCAUUUUCCGCCCUCAUUACGGAUCAAUCGAUCGCCAUCGUCCCUUCUUUCACUCUUGAAUCUGGAGUCACCCUACUCAAUGUACCUGUCGCGUUUACCACAAGGGGAACCCUAUCUCCAUCUGGAGAUAAUGCGUUGGUCGUAUGCCAUGCCUUGAGUGGUAGCGCAGACGUCAGUGACUGGUGGGGCCCCUUGCUCGGCGGCCCUGGCCAAGCGUUUGACGUGACCAGAUUUUUUGUUAUUUGCCUGAACAGUUUAGGUAGCCCAUAUGGCAGCGCGAGCGCUGUUACAUAUAAAAAUGGGGAUAGUAAUAGAGGCCUCUAUGGCCCUGAAUUCCCGUUGACAACGAUUAGAGAUGACGUGAGAAUCCACAAGCUCGUCUUGGAUGAUCUAGGAGUUCGACAAAUUGCAGCAGUAGUAGGUGGCUCUAUGGGUGGUAUGCUCGUUUUAGAAUAUGCGUAUUUUGGCAAGGACUACGUACGAAGCAUCGUGCCAAUCGCCACUUCAAGUCGCCACUCAGCAUGGGGUAUCAGCUGGGGAGAGGCGCAACGCCAGAGUAUUUACAGUGACCCAAAAUAUGAGGACGGUUAUUACUCUUUUGAUGACCCCCCUGCGAGUGGCCUGGGAGCGGCUCGUAUGUCUGCUCUUUUAACUUAUCGAAGUCGAGAUUCAUUUGAAUCGCGCUUUGGCAGAAAUGUCCCCGACCCCUCGAGAAAGCAAAAUAUCAACGGCACAACACUCCUUCCCACACCCCCCAAUGAGCAUUUGGCUGUACAUAAUGAUGGCCAUAAGAGUACCAGACACUUACCAGCGACACUCCCAUCGGUGAACAAUACAUCCUUGGAACCCCACAAGACGUUCACGGAUCCUCAGUUCAACGGCACCACACUUUUCGCUUCACCCGACUCCGCUGCCUCCACAUCCUUCCAAACUGCCAAGCGGCCGACUACCUACUUUUCCGCGCAGUCAUAUCUGCGAUACCAGGGCGAAAAAUUCGUUAAGCGAUUCGACAGCAAUUGCUACAUCGCGAUCACACGAAAGCUCGAUACCCAUGAUAUCUCCAGACAUCGAGUCGAUCCUAACUCGAAGACCCCGGUCAAGGAUGCACUCUCUCAAAUUCAACAGCCAGCCCUGGUCAUUGGUAUUGAAAGCGAUGGGCUGUUCACGUUCGCUGAGCAGCAGGAGCUAGCGGAUGGUAUUCCAGAUUCGCGAUUACGAAACAUUGAUAGCCCCGAAGGCCAUGAUGCGUUCCUCCUGCAAUUCGAACAGGUGAAUCGCCAUAUUCUUGAAUUUUUCAGGGAAGUGCUUCCCGAUAUCAUGAGUGCACCUGGCAGUCAAGAUGUCAAUGUUGCUGAAGCACAAGUAGGCAAGUUAACGAAGAAUAGCACUUUUGGUGAAGCUGAGGUGGAAGACAUAACUGCCUGGUGA